AUGCGAGUGAACAUCAUCAUUUUCUCCUUCGUGGUGUUCCUGGUGAAGGGGCACGUAGCAAAGUCUGACGACAAGAAGAGCUUUUCCAAGCUGUUCGACGCCAACCUGGUGAACAAUUACGAAAAGCUGUUUAAAGUGAUAAAAUGCCAGUACUGUUUGACUCAGAAAAAAGGGGCACAAAAUGAAAAAUGCAAGCAGAUAAUGAAGGAUUGCAAAAAGUUGCUGAAGGAUGGAGAGUACAUCAGCACGUUGAAAGAUUUAAUGAAUGACUUGAAGGUGGGAAAAAACGAGCAUGUGUAUGGACCGAACACAAAUGAGUUGAAGAAAAUUAUAAACUUCUUAGAGUUACACAAGCAAGAAAUUGACAUGUUAAAGGAUAUGAUUGACACUAUUAAGGAUAACAAAGCCAUUUUGUUAAUCAAUGGAGGAAACAACCCAGUGGUUCACAAAUUAAAUAAAAAAAUGAAAUCUCUAAAGAAGAGCGUGGAGUACAUACAGAAGAGCCAAGACGUGAUAACUGAGCAGCUAAGUAAGCAUGAAGAUGGGGUAAACCACGUGCUGUCCGAAACGUUUCACUUAAAAGGAUCAACAAAUAAAGAUGGCAACGAACUCAUCCAAUUAGGAAACGUCACAGAAAAUGAUGAAGAGCACAAUUACGAAUUAGGGGGGUUAGGGGUAGACGAAUUUGUGAAGAACGGUAUAAAGGAUUUGUUUAAAGAUGGUGAAGGAUUUAUGGACGUUGUGAAAACCACCCUAAUUCAAGAAGGAGGAGGAAUCGGUGGAGAGCUAGUUAGCCUCAUAGAAAAGGGAAAAGAAAUUGGAGAGAAAAUUGUAGACAUUGAAGGAAUGAUAACGAAUAAGCAUAGCACUGGCAACACAGAUGGAACGACCAUCGAAAAAUUGGACCACUUCAAAACGGAGUUGUCUUCCUAUGAAUUUCUACUCAUCAGUCUUAAAGGAAUCGUCUUGAGUAAGCUGAAGGAUAUCUUGCUACGAGUUUUAUAUAAAACCUACAUAAACUAUAGAACCAAAAAGGCAAAGGAAUUUGGAGAGCCUGCUCCAACUGUGGUGUCAGAGGAGCAUUACCUUAGUGAACUCAAAAAGGGAGUCCUAGAAUUAGGAAUGAAGAUCCUUUUCAACAAGUUACGAAAUCUGCUGACCAUCGUGAAGAAGAAGAUGUUCCCGAAGAAGUUCGGAGGCAAAAAGGGCAAGACGGAGAAGGAGGACACACAGGCAGAUCCUAAUGCGGCCACCCCUGAAACUGCUGAGCUGAGCUCCCAGAUGCUCAGGGGUUCGGUGCCCGCGGAGGACGUCAGCCUCAUGGCCAGCAUAGACAGCAUGAUUGACGAAAUUGACUUUUACGAGAAGGAGAUCUACUACAACCCCCACACGGGCGCGGUGGCGCAGGUGCACGGUAUGGACGAUGAGGCGGAAGAAGCGGUAGACGAAACGGUAGACGAAACGGUGGACGAAACGGUGGACGAAACGGUGGACGAAACGGUGGACGAUGUUACGGAAGAAGCGGUAGACGGCGUGACAGACGACGCAUCCGAUGAGGACGAAGCGACCGAGCAGGUGGCUGAGGAAGUCGUGGAUGAACUCACCGAAGAGAUGGUCGAGCAGAUCGCGCACGAAGCCGUGGAGAAGAUCACCCACAACGCAGCCGAGCAGGUGGCUCACGAAGCGGUGGUAGAAAUGACGCACGAGGUGGUGGAAGAAAUGGCGCAAGACAUGGCCAACAUGGAGGCAGUCGUGGAGGAAGUCGCUGCAGAGGUCGCCCAGAUGGAGGAAAUCGUGCAGAAGGUCGUGGACGAGGCUGCCUACGUCGUGGAGGAGGUGGCCCACGCAGUUGAGGAGGUUGCCGACGCGGUCGACGAAGCUGUGCAGGUGGAGGACGCCCCGGAAAACGUCUUCGAGGGGGUCCCAGAGAACGUCGAAGCAGUCACUGAAACUGAAGAAGUCGUCGAGGCGGCCCCAGAAAAUGCUGAGGUGGCCACCGAAGAAGUUGUGGAAGCGACCCCAGAAAAUGCCGAAGCAGUCCCAGAGAACGUCGAAGCAGUCACUGAAACUGAAGAAGUCGUCGAGGUGGUCCCAGAGAACACCGAAGUAGCCACUGAAGAAGUCGUUGAGGCAGUCCCAGAGGACGCCGAAGCAGCCCCAGAGCAUACCGAGGUAACCACUGAAGAGGUUGUGGAAACGGCCCCAGAGAAUACCGAGACAGUCCCUGAAGUUGUGGAAGCGGUCCCAGAGCAUACAGAAGUAGCAACUGAAGUCGUCGAGGUGGUCCCAGAGAACGCCGAAGUAGCCACUGAAGUCGUAGAGGCGGUCCCAGAAAAUGCCGAGGCAGCCCCAGAGAAUGCCGAUCCCGUCCAUGAGAAUGCCGAGGCAGCCCCAGAGAAUGCCGAGCCCGUCCAUGAGAAUGCCGAGGCAGCCCCAGAGAAUGCCGAGCCCGUCCAUGAGAAUGCCGAGCCCGUCCCAGAGAACACCGUCGAGGAAGCUGCGCAUGUCGCUGAACAAGUCGCAGACAAUGCCGAAGUGGCCACGGUAAAUGUGGUCGAAGCGGUCCCAGAAAGUGUUGAGGCGGUCCCAGAAAGUGCUGAGGCUGUCACUGAAGCUGUCGAGGCAGUCCCAGAGAAUACCGAGGCUGUCACUGAAGCUGUCGAAGCCGCCCCAGAAAACGCCGACGUAGCCCCCAACACGGCAGACGAAACCGCGAAUACCGUCGACGCCCCCACGGAUGUCACAGCAUAGAAAAGGGAGAAGUUGAGCCGAAAAGCAGAGGAAGCAGAGGGAGCAGAGGAAGCGCAAGGGACGCAAGGGACGCUGCCCAUGUGCCGCAAUAUUUCCAAUGAACAUUGACGUUGUGGGGGAAACUGUUUCUCCGCCUUUCCAUCCGCCCCGUUCCCACUUUGUGAUGUUUGCUCCCUCGAGGGUGGGGCUAGACAGAAAAUGGGGGGAUUUCCUAAGCAUAUGAAGAAGGAUCAUCCCCACUCCCCCUUUUUUUUUUUUUUUUCUAAUCCUCUUCGUGGAGGGAGUAACACUUAGCAAAGGGGUAGCAGAAGAACUGAACCGUCUGGAAAGCCAACUUGAGCGUCACACACACAUCACUUUGACUCCCCUCUUGCAUCGCCACUUUGGCUUUACUUCCCAGUGGCAUACCUAAGGAGCUCCUUCAAGUGCCAUCCAGAGUGAUAGAAGAGUUUGCCUUCCUUUGCCGUGUGUGUUUUUUUUUUUUUUCGUUCCGCAUUUGUUGGGUACGUCAUUACUACACAGAAACGUGAGCACAUAUCAGAUGAUUAAA